AUGGAUGUGGUCAACAUCCCAAAGACACGCCGCACCUACUGCAAGGGCAAGCAAUGCCGUAAGCACACUCCACACAAGGUCACCCAAUACAAGAAGGGUAAGGACUCUAUCUACGCCCAAGGUAAACGUCGUUACGACAGAAAGCAAUCCGGUUUUGGUGGUCAAACUAAGCCAGUUUUCCACAAGAAGGCUAAGACUACCAAGAAGGUUGUUCUCCGUCUUGAAUGCUCAGUUUGCAAGUACAAGAUGCAACUCUCCCUCAAGAGAUGUAAGAACUUCGAACUUGGUGGUGAGAAGAAGCAAAAGGGUGCUGCUUUGAACUUCUAG